AUGGCUUCCGUUUUAUUCGCAUUGUUGUUCGCGCCGACAUUCGCGCCAUUGGUGUCCACUUCGGGCGCUUUCCAACUCCUCUUCUCGCGCCAACUCUUCGCCACUAUUUGUUUGCGCGAAAUGUCACGUGAUUUGGGGACAGACGCGGCCAAAGAGUGCACUUUCGGCGUCGCGCGAGUCAACAAUCGCAAAGAAGCGCAAAUCGCGUUCACUUUCCGCUGGACAAACGCCUUCUCAUUGGUCGUCACUUUGGACGACACGAAACGUCACUUUUUGACCGAAUCGUUGGCCACGCCUUCCAACGAAUGGACGACACGCCCACUCACUCCCGAUUUGUCGCUCAGUUUUCGCGUGAAAUGCGAUCCCAACUAUCACUCCAACGAUUGCGCCGUUUUCUGCCGGUCACGUGACGACACGUUCGGCCACUACUCGUGUUCCGCGAACGGCACCAAAGAGUGCGCCGUCGGCUGGAGUGGCGCCUCCUGUGACGCGCCGCUUUGCGAUUGUUUCAACGGAUUCUGCGAAUCGCCAAAUAAGUGCGUGUGUCGCCACGGGUGGCGCGGCGAUCGCUGCGACCAGUGCCAGCCCUACCCCGGUUGUCGCCACGGCUUCUGCGUCGCGCCCUUCCAGUGCAACUGCGACCGCAAUUGGGGCGGAAUUCUCUGUGACCACAACCUCGACGUGUGCGCCUCCGUCGCGCACCUCUGCCUGAAUGGCGGCCAAUGCGUGAACACCGCGCCCGACGCGUACCGCUGCCACUGUCCCGACGGCUUCUCCGGCCUCCACUGCCAGACCAUCGUCGACGCCUGCGCACUGCGCCCGUGUCUGCACUCUGGCCUCUGCCACGCGCACAACGCCUCCCACUUCCACUGUUCGUGCGCU